GUUUACACCCUGUAUAAUAAAUAACUUGUUUUGGAAAUUUUGCGCGGUUGUAAUACUUCCCUGCUGAUUGUGCGAGUAAAAUGCCAACCAUCAGCGUAAUCUGCGUCCCUGAUAUCUAGAGCAAUCGCAGACCUCACACGUCACAUGAUUAUUAUUUGAUGGAUAAUUAUUUAAAAAAUACAAUCCAGUAUAAUAAUUAAUGCCUCUAGUUCUCCUUGAAAAAGUACACACCAACAGUUGCCAAACAAAAGACACUUGCCGAAAUCAGAGGCUGAAAUUAUUACACGUGAAUGGAGUAACGCGCGAAAUUAACUGGUUUGAUUUAGGUCUCCGUCUUGCCACUCAGUGAUAUCAUGUAAUACAAAACCGGCCCUUACGUUUGGUAUAAAAAUGACAUACAUAAUUUUUCACACAUCAGUCGCAAAUCGUAAACGUUGUGUGCAGUUUUUGUUUGCUAUCAUCAACCUUGCUUUCGUUUAUCACAAUGGCAUUUAAGCUUGUAGUCCUGUUGGCCACAAUCGCCUAUGCUAGCGCAGGCAAUCUCCCCUUGGCGUACACAUCAUAUGCCGCCCUACCAGCUGCCCCCGCAGCACUUUCUGUAGCCACUGCGCCUGCCCUAACGUCACAAUCUUCCAACAUCUACCGCAGCUUCGGCAACCUUGGACAGGUAUCCACCUACUCAAAGACCGUGGACACCCCUUACUCCAGCGUAUCCAAGGCUGACGUACGAGUAUCCAACCCAGGAGUCCGUGUAGCUACCCACACUACGUACGCUGCCCCCGGAGUGGCAAUCCACGCCGCCCCCUCAGCGAUCGCACACGCACCCCUUGUGGGGGUGGCUUACUCCGCCGCUCCGGCUGUGUCACACAUUGCGUACACCUCUGGAUUGGUCAACUAUGCUUUUUAAAACGACUGAUUAUUUAUUUUAGCAAAUAAAGCUUUUUCAAAAA